AUGGACAGUGUUCUUAUUAGUGAUGCUGAGAGAUUUUACUUAAUUCAAGGCUGCCAGUUGGGGUGUCGUCUAGACGGUCGGAAUCAAAUGGACUUUCGCCCAAUUGAAGUCGAAUCUGGCAUUCUUAAUCAUACAGCCGGUUCAGCUCGUAUAAAGAUUGGUAACACAGUGGUGAUUGCUUGUGUAUCUGUCGAAAUCGGAAAUACAACUGUUGAAUGUCCGAAUGAGGGGCGAAUUGAAAUUGAUGUUGAAUGUUCUCCCACGGCCACUCCCAAGUUUUCUGGCAAAUGUGGCUCGGAUAUUGCGGAUACGUUAAAAGCCAAUCUUUUUACGGCGUUUGCAAAAGACUGUCUUCCUCUCAAAUUUCUUUGCAUACAAUCGGGGAAACAAUGUUGGAUUAUUCAUGUUGAUGUCCUGCUUCUUGAAAGCGACGGGAAUUUACUGGAUGCGGCGUCUCUUUCGAUUGUGGCUGCUCUAUCAACAAUGAAGUUGCCUAUGUCACUGGCUCAGAAGCUGGCUGUAGAAAAAUGUGGCGCUUUAAAUUCCGAUGGCAUUUCACUUUCUACUAAUAAUCUCCCAACGUUUGUGACUGUUCAUAAGAUUGGCGAAUCCUAUAUUGUUGACACUAACAAGGAGGAGGAAGCCUGCUCAUUUUCUCGGGUUUUUGUUGCUGUUCGUUGCGAUGGAACUAUCACGACCAUAAUUAAGGAGGGCUGUGGAAGUCAACAUGUUGAUUCUCUUAUCAAUAUGGUCUCGAAACAUUUUGGUAUUGAGGUUCUUUUCUGA